AUCAAAUUGUAAAUGCAAAUGGCAGAGUGUCACUGUGUCAUGUUCUGAGGUAGUUACGUUAUUUAUUUGUUGAAAAUUGACAUUAAAAGUUAAUUAGUAUCGGAAUAAGCGAAAUAAUUGCAAUUCUUCUAAUAUGAAUAAUAAAGAGAAGCUGCCAAAAUUGGUGGAUGUAUAUCGCCCAUCAAACCCUUUAUGCAGGAGGCAACUGCCCCUAGUUAUUGAUGAAAAUUUAACGCUCAUAAUGGAUGUAAAAAAUUCCGGAAUCAUUUGUGAUAACCAAGUUCUGAGGGGUAAGGACCUUGAGGAAUUCGCUUUGAAAUGGAGCGUUUUGCCACCGUGCGAAUUGAGAAACGCCCUGCAAAUAACCAAAUCGGAGUUAAUGCACGUCUUGAACCAAAAUGUGCCAUGUGUUGGUUGUCGAAGAAGUGUUGAUAGGCUUUACUAUCAAUUAUUCAAGUUUGGACAUCCCACCUUAGAUCCACUAAUUGUGAAACCAGACGGUAUUAUUACAAUCAGGGAAGAUAAACAAGCCUAUCCGAUUCUGGGUUCCAUAUUUCACGAUCACGGCACCCGUUUGGCGAAAUUAAUCGAAAAUCAACCGAAAAGAAACAAAAAGAGCGUUAGAUGCUUGUUGCACUCGCUAGAUUCCCAACGCAACCGACCCCUGACUCCCGUUUGGAGAGACGUCUGGGAGUGCAUGAAACAGGAAUGUAAAAAGGACGUUUGCAUUAUCGAGGCAUCUAGUCUACACAGUACCCUGGAAACUUAUUUGCGCAAACACCGAUUUUGCGGAGAAUGUCGCACGAAAGUUUUGAAAGCGUAUUCCUUGUUAGUGGAAGAGAAGGAGCCUACCAAAGAAAAGGGAUACGUGUCAUCUCUGUACGCUGGCAUUAAGCGAUGUUUACCAGACAAGCAUAUUCAUCUUCAAACCAAGACUGAUUUGAUUACCAAGCUCAUCAGCCGGGCCGAACCUGAACUUCUAGGAAGCCGCAGAGAACGUCACGCGAAAACGCUGGAAAUAGCGCAGGAGGAAGUGCUGACUUGCCUGGGCAUAUGCAUGUACGAGCGUUUGCACAGGAUCUACAUGCGCAUGCGCGAAGAGGAGUGCACUUGCCAAGUGUUCGCCGCCGUGGCGGUGCACACGCUCAGCCGCAGCUUCGAGACGGCCGUGGAACAGAUACGGGGCAUCUCCCAAUUGGAAUUGCUCUAUGCGGAGUUUGCUCGCGAAGAGCAACAGAAGCAAAUCAAGAAAGAACAGAAGAAGAUCAAACGCAAGCGUAAAAAAGGGAAGAGCGAGGAUAAAGAUGGUAAUGAGAAUUGUAACAAUUGUGAUCAAGAUGAGGAUGAGAAAGAGGAGAGCGAAGAAUGCACGUGUUCCGAGGAGAACAUCAAAACGGAUCCGGAUUCUGUGGGCUGUUACAAUUGCGAGCAAUUGCAGCCGAACGCUUUAAGAGACAUUGAACAUUGUUCCAAGCUCAAUAAUAAAAGAGGCGUAGGAGGAGGCGGCGUGGAGGGAAAAAAGAAUAAACUACGGUGUAGCGGUGAUUUGUGGUUAGAGGAUUGCGAGAACGACGUUAAAGAAAACAAAAAAACUGUUUCCAUUUGUAAAUGUGAUAAUAGCCUGCUCAGACCUUUAGCGUACAUUGGAGAUUUCAACAGUAACAAUAAAAAAGAGAGCGGUUCGAACAGCGACCACUCCCACGAUUGCGGUUACUCUUCGGAGAAUAAUAACGGUUGCUGGGAAACGGCUUCGUUGAUUUCGAGCCUGCCCAGUUCCCCCGAAGGUUCAGAACUGGCUUGUUCCGAUUCUUGUUGCCAACACGAUAACGAUUACAUUACCCACUGUAGACUGUCUUACGGUGGAACUGGUCAUCAGAUGAGUUUGCAGGAAAUGCUAGAGGUUUACAGUGAAGACGAUGAUGAAUGCUACAUUACUGCCGAAGAAGUUAGAGAAUUUAAAAGCAACAAUAGACAGGUUUAUGAAAAACGAAAGGAAUUGCGCGAGACUCUUCAGAAGAGAUUCGCCCAAUUUUGUAUAAACGGACCAGUGCCACAUAUAUUCUUACAAACUAAAUAUGCUUCGAAUUAAUUUGUUUCCGAUCUGCUAGAUUUCCCAUAUAAUCUAUUGAAUGUAACUUUGUGCAAACAGUAACAUUGUCUAAAAAAAACGAAACGAAUAUUUUAAAUGUCCAGUUUAUUUGUAAUCUCUCGCGGUUUACUUUUAAACUGAAACUAACCAUUCAUACUUUCAAUCGUUGCUUUUUGUUUCAAUUAUUUUCAAUAGAUUGAUAAUUUUUAUCAAGUUCAAUUUGAAAGUAUAUCUAAAAUAUUUUUAAAUUUAUUUUUUUUUUGGUUUUCUUUAAUUUGUAUUUACAGUUGCACAA